CCUCCCUCUCAAGAAUACUGUGGACUCGAUUCAGGACAUCUGAUCCUGGUCCCAUGAAGGGAACAUGCCAUUUGGGAGUCUCAUACUAUUCUGCCAGAUCUCCUGUCUGUUCUCCUAACCAAUGAAUCUUCGCUCACUGUCCCACUUCCCCUUCCCUUCUGUCUUACUUCCCCCUUCCUCCUUGGCCACCAAGCCAGACUCGGUGCCUGAGACCUGACUGCUGUGGCUUUCCCCUGGUAGUUCGUUCCACCCAACAUUAUCCAUAGCAGGGCACCUAUUGGGAAUCUAGCAAUGAAAGUUAUUUGGGGAACUUCGUCUUUAAGCCCUUUUGUUUACCUUCUAAUUUUCCUACAGUGGUUUUUAAUGUUGUUUCCCCACUCCAUAAGACACUCUCCUAACUUUCUAUUAUUAGAUGCCACUAAUAUUUUCUCACAUGAAGAUGUGCAAGAUAUUUGGAUCUCAUCAAUAUGUCAUUAUUGGUUCCCUAGUGUCAUCAUUCAAUGAACUAGUGUUUACUUCCUUCCCUGUCAUUGGCCACCUUGGUCAUGGAUGUUUUGUAUUUGGAGCCUACAUUAAGAAGUGGAAAUUGGCCAGUCACUCACUUGAAUUUGCCCAGCUAUUAUUCGAGGUCAUGGCUGAUCUAAUCUUGGCCUCUACAUCAAUAUACCUGCUUUGUCUCCAUUACUUUUGACUUUUCUACAUCUAAGUUUCUAUUGUUCUCUGCCAUGAAUAUAUUCAAUGACUCUUCUUGGUCACAAUGCUUUGCAAUUCUUUAAGAGUACAAAUUCUUCCCGAGAUCCCCCUUGAUUCAGAUCCUGCUUCUCCCUACUCGCUAUGUAUCCACUUAUCAUUCCUCUUCCCACUUCACUUCCCCAACUGCUAAACAAACCCCUUAUUCUUUCAUACUCCAACGUAGGCGCAACCUUGCUUCAUAUGGAAAUCCCUGAAUCCCACGCGUCAAUCUAGUGAGGCUUCUGUGUAUUAAAUCUAAUAAGCAUAUCCUCAAAUAUGGAGACUAAAACUGCAUGUAGUAUUCCCAUUGUGUGUUUUACCAGAGCCCAGGAAGCUGCAUUAAAACUCCCUGCUCUUAUAGGGCUUGCCCCUUGCAAUGAAAAGCAUGGGAAGUACUACUGAAAAACCUUGGUUGGUUGAGUACUACAGCAAAUUUACAUAUGGUAAAUGAUGCAGCCAAAGUGCCUUGCUAUUUCAGGAGAUGAAUGUUGCCUGCCCAGUGGAAUAUAAUCAGAACAUCUGGAUUGAGGAAAUUCUGUAGACUGGUCUUGAGAUGCCGGCUAUUCAUUUUCUGUUUUCAAGCCAUAGACCUCUUGUAUGGAGGUAUAUAUUGUUUUAUGUGUCAAGAUUAUAUAUAUGACAAAGACAUGGAACAAAUUGCCAAAGAAGAACAAAGAAAAGCAUGGAAGUUGCAAGGGGUCGGUGAAAAGUAUUCAACAUGGGAACCAACAAAAAGGGAAUUGGAACUAUUACGGCACAAUCCCAAACGGAGGAAAAUAACUACAAAUUGUACUAUUGGUCUCCGAGGCCUCAUAAACCUAGGGAACACCUGCUUCAUGAAUUGCAUUGUCCAGGCACUUACCCACACUCCAUUACUACGUGAUUUCUUCCUUUCUGACCGACACAAAUGUGAAAUGCAGAGUCCCAAUUGCUGUCUAGUCUGUGAAAUGUCUCGACUAUUUCAGGAGUUCUACUCUGGGUAUCGAUCUCCACAUAUUCCAUAUAGGUUACUGCAUUUGGUGUGGACGCAUGCACGGCAUUUAGCAGGGUACGAACAGCAGGAUGCACAUGAAUUUCUGAUCGCUGCACUAGAUGUCCUACAUAGGCACUGCAAAGGUGAUGAUAAUGGGAAGAAAGCCAGCAAUCCAAACCACUGUAACUGUAUUAUUGACCAAAUCUUCACUGGGGGGCUGCAGUCUGAUGUCACCUGCCAAGUCUGCCAUGGUGUCUCCACUACGAUAGAUCCAUUCUGGGAUAUUAGCUUAGACCUGCCUGGGUCUUCCACACCAUUCUGGCCCUUAAGUCCAGGCUCUGAUGGGAAUGUUGUGAAUGGAGAAAGCCAUAUGUCCUCCGGUACCACCACACUCACAGAUUGUCUACGAAGGUUUACAAGACCUGAACAUCUCGGAAGCAGUGCCAAAAUCAAAUGCAGUGGUUGCCAUAGUUACCAAGAAUCAACAAAACAGCUUACCAUGAAGAAACUUCCCAUAGUGGCCUGUUUUCAUCUCAAACGGUUUGAACACUCGGCCAAGUUACGGCGAAAGAUCACUACAUAUGUCUCUUUUCCACUGGAGCUAGACAUGACUCCGUUCAUGGCUUCUAGUAAAGAGAGCAGGAUGAAUGGACAAUACCAGCAGCCUGUGGAUAGUCUAAGCAAUGACAAUAAAGUCCUAUGUGAACAGCACAGGCUGAGAGAGAUGCAACUUGUGUGUAUGUGUGGGCAUGACAUCAUAACUGGCAAGCAACCCAAUCACAAGUAUUCGCUGUUUGCAGUAGUCAAUCAUCAGGGAACACUGGAAAGUGGGCACUAUACCAGCUUCAUUCGACAACACAAGGACCAGUGGUUUAAAUGUGAUGAUGCAAUUAUCACCAAGGCUAGCAUAAAAGAUGUGCUAGACAGUGAAGGGUAUCUCUUGUUUUAUCACAAACAAUUCCUUGAAUACGAGUAGCCUUAUCAGACUGGGGGAAGCCUUCAGAACGAUACACAACCUACCUGAAACUCUAAGUACUGUCAGCACUGAGUGAACCUACUUGACAUUGGUCUGAAGGAGUGAGGCGGAACACCCAAUGGAAUGAGACUGAAGAGGCACGGGUUAUCCUCAAAGCUGCAACCCACAUCUCUGGAAAGGAAGGAGGGGGGAGGGUACACAUCUCUGCUUCUGUUCCCAUGGUGCUCCAGCUCCAGCUGACCAAGUGUAUAACAAUAAUAACAAACCAUCCCAUUGAGAUGGGUUUGAGAGCAAAUGGAUGGUAUUAAUGACUUGCAGAUACACUUCUGUGGAUUUAGAUAUUGAGUACUGUAUGAAACUAGUAGGCAUAUAUUUUCAAAAGAAUGGCCAUUAAAACUGAAUGCAGUACUGAGACAGGUUUUCAGUAUGUAUGUGUUGCCAGAUGUGUGUAGAUUGAUGCAACCUGACAGAUUUCUGUAUUGGGCCCACAUUUGUUUGCCUUCUAGCUUUUAGAUUUUCCUGUCAAAGGUUCAAAGCAGCUGUACUGUAAUGAAACUGUACUGGACCUUGGUAUUCGUUUAUUGUACAAAUGCUCAUGUUUCAAGAUGGCCUUACAUCACAAUGGUGGAAAAUUUUGUGUCUGUCUUAAAACAUGCCUGCGUGUACGUGCAUGCAUAGGUGCACACACGCAUUCUCUCACACACGCAUUCUCUCUCACACACGCAUUCUCUCUCACACACGCAUUCUCUCACACACACGCAUUCUCUCACACACGCAUUCUCUCUCACACACGCAUUCUCUCUCACACACGCAUUCUCUCACACACACGCAUUCACACACACACACACGCAGUCACACACACACACACACACACACACACACACACACACACACACACACACAAUAUUGCAAUUGGAAUGGUGGCCACAGUGACUGCUCUGGAUUCUUCUCUUUGAUUUAUUUUUUAAAUUAUGCAGUCUGGUCGUAGCAGUAGAUUGAUGUUUGGGAGCUUUUGCUGUCUUGUCGGAAAGAAGGAUCCAUGUGGCAGUCUAAGUGGCCUUCAUUAUGUGAAACAAUAUGAUCAGACCAGAGGGGCCUGAGACAAGGGAAUGCUGAUGAAAUGCAGCCUGUUAUGUUAUUCUCACUUUUUAUAUUCUGUAUUAGUUGCUUUUGGAACAAUGUUCCGCAAAUAGAAUAUUCUGUACAUCUUUCUUAAGCAGGACGGGAAGUUGAGGAGCAACUCCCAAAUAGCUUGUUCCACAGGAGCUGGAAUUGUUCAUUUCAUAAUGUUGUACAAUCUGGAUUAAUGAAAAGUAAAUAUUUUAUUUAUACACAAAAAAAUCAUAAAACAGAGCAUAACUAUGAUUAACCGUUCAUGGUGAUCAGCAAGCAUCCUGGAUGCCAUGUUGAUUCUCAGUAAACUAUCUAUCCCAUUAAAGCUUUACGGCACUCCCAUUUGUUUGAAUAUCCUGUUAAGGUUAAUCCCUCACUGGGCUGCUUUGACCCAAUGCCUAUAUGAAAUAAUGUCUUCCCCUACCAAAGCAAGGAGCCAGCCCUUUGUCACUUGCUUUUGUGGUUCAGUUUUUAUAAAAUACUGUCAUUCAAACUUGUGUUUCUGAGGACACAUGGCAUCCAUAUUGUGUUUACCGUAGCUCUGCGUGUUGUGAUGGAUUUUUGUGUAGCUGCUAGCAAUCAGGGAACCAGAAUAGCGAGAAAUGCAAGGCUUUGUGGAACCAUGUCCAAAUUCUAGCCAUUCAUGUUAAACAGGGUAAUUAUUAUACACCUAGGUAGGAGGUCCUCGCUUUAGCAUCAGUAGCUGGAAUUCCUCUUGAUAUUUAACAUAAAAUGUGCAAACAUUGCACUCAAGUUCUACAAAAACAGAAUGCAAAGAAGCCAAAAUCCUAAUUAAUGCAGUGUAAUUUUCCAUACGUCUGCAAUAUAUGAGAUGAUGUCAGGUUUAAGUACAAGAUGCACUUUUUUCCAGCGGAAGUAUUUUUUAAAUUUGAAUUUCUAAGUUGUCUAAAUUGGUUUCCCUUCUCUUGCUCCCAUCUGCCCAUCCCACCUCUCUUUUGUUUCCAUGUUCUACCUUCCUAUUAGAUUCCAUCAUUUGCAGAUUUUUGUUUUAUUAUCUCACCUAUUGCCUCCCAACCACUCUCACUAUUUCCACAUUUUUCUCCUUCAUCUGCCUGUCAGCUCGCCUCGGCUGGAUUUACCUCUUGCUUGCCAGUUCUUGUUCCACUCCUCCUCACUUUAUACUGGCUGUUUGCCCUGUUCAGUCCAGACGAAGUGUUGCAACUGGAAAUCACAUUUGGGUUGCUUUGACCAAGCACUUUGUCCCUAUUCAAACACUGACUUUUCUGUACAGUUAAAUCGUCUACUUUCUUGUUUUGGUAUUUCUAAGAUUGAGGUUCAGUCUAUAUUCCCUUCAACUAUUCCCUUUUUAAAAAAGAAUAAUUUGAUUUAACUCCAUAACCCCCCCCCCGCCAAUACCCUAGUUUGAUCAUCAAUAUUUCCCUCUAUUUCUUAUCACAAAAUGAUAGGAAACUGUAAAUAUGUAUGUUCAAGCCUGAAAUUUGAGGAAAGUUUUCUUCAGGAUUCUUAGGUUAUUCACAAACUGACCAUUGCAAUAGGUAUUUGGAUCAUGAAAGCCCAUCAAAUGAAUCUGCACACCAAACCCCUGUGCAAGCAUUUUUAAUUGUCCUUCCAUAGCUGCUUUUCAGUCAGCACCUCUGUGUAUUAGCAAAUUAAGAUUCUGCAGUGCUUUGCAUUCCUCUGGAGCUCUGAACUCAAAACUCUGUCACUCGGCUUAAAAAUACUUAUGCAAGUUGAGUUUCAUUCGUGUUCAUUCCUCUGGAAUAGGCCUUCUCAGUAUUGGGUUUUCUUGUAACUACAGUGAAGUGUAGAACCUGUGCUGUUUACAUGUAGGUGAAUGCGGUGUAAGUCCCACGCGGGCAUUUCAUAUGCCAUCCCCUGUGUAUCGUGCAGUGCACCAGAAACUUAAGUAUUUGGGUAUGGCAUGGGCAAUGUCCACAUGGCAGUGUAAGCUACAUCUUGAGAAUUGUUUUCUUGUACAUUUAAGGUCAAGUGACAUUAUUGUGGUAAGAAAUCUUCCCUCCAUACAUUCCCUCUGAACUUAAUGUUACUGUGAAGAUGUGCAAACAAAAUGAUUCGUAAAAGACUUGAUGAUUACAGAUUUCCUGCACUGAUUUUAUCUGAAAUGAUGUAAUGGCUAAUGAUUAAGUGAUUUUAGAUCUGAAAGCGAAAAUAAGGUUUUCAAUAUAGGUAUAUUCCUGCUGUUAAUACACUGCUAAACAUUGGCUAUAACGUUUAUUUUGGUAGUAUUUUUAGAUGAUCUCCGAAGCAGAAUUGCCAGUGGCAAUGACUUUUUUUAACGGGAGAGUUUCUAUUUAUUUUCAUUCACAAUUAUGCAAAAAUCUCAAACAUGUCACUUGGCCUUCAGGUUGUCAGUCAUCCUGCGAUGGACUCUUGCUCAACUUAAGCAGAUGUGUAGCUCACUGUAGUGGAAUGGAGUCAUAACAGAAGUGAAAACAUCCAAAUGAUAUCAACUGUUUUCACACACUUUGCCCUCAAAAGGCUUACAAAUAGAAGUCAGCUUCAGCAGUUUGAUAAGUGUGCUCGGUUCAUGAGCUUGGGUAAUCACAGUGCAUUCUGGGAGUUGCCCUUUUUAUUUGUGGGUGAUAGUGUUUGAUAUACAAAAGCUGCUUAAAAGAAAAUGCAUUUCCCAGAGUGCCAGGUGGGUCAAGCAUUUCCCAUGCUAAGGGUCAUUUGUUAAUGCACUAUCCUCUAUGAAACAAAAUGUAAGGACUCCGAUUAAUAUACUCCAGACAGGGUAAUGUAUAUUUGUUCAGCCCCUCUAUGUUAUUCUAGUUCUCCAUUUGUGGUAUUGCCUGCAGUACCAAUUUCAUUUGUAAUCUCAUUUGAUUUUUAUUUUCCAUGUUCUGAAAAAGCAAAUGUCAAAAUAAAUCAUUUAACUAUG